AUGAACUCUCUCAAGGUUCCUGAAGCCGGGUGGCAGCUGGAGGGCUCGCCUAGCGAAAGAUCCAAGCUGCCACAGCAGGCCUUCGCUCUGACGCUUAGUGACAAUGUCAUAGAGGACAUGAUCAAAUGCGUCCAGAGUGGCGAUGGCCUCCAACUUUCCCUUGGCUCCACCCCAACCUUCAUUUACGGCUCCAACUCGCACAUCAUUUCUCCUCCCUCCGACCCGUACCCCUACGACGUCUACCUGACGAAACCAUUCGACUCGACUCGAACAGCUGUCAAGCUCCCGCAUACUGGGUCACUCUUCCAGAAACCCAAAAACAAUGCUCCAGCCAAGGCCCCUGCCAACAAGGCAGACAGGGAUACCGACGUUCGGCCCAAGGCUGGAAAGACAAGCAAGAGCAGCACACCGUCUGGGCUCGACUCGGAUCGUGAGGUCCUCCAGAACGAGAUGGCUGCUCUCGCAGCUGGUCGGGAGAAGGCUCGCGUGGUCGGCAAACUACCGACGUCGAAGAAAGGCGCUGCAAAGGCCAAGGGCAAGCUGCUUCCAGGCUAUAGCUCGGCCCCACGAUCGAUACCCGCGUCCCCAGGUCACAUCUCACUAGGUUCGCCGUCCUCAACACCCACUCUCUCUGCCUCACAACAACAUGUGGAACGAGCCAAGGAGCAGAGAGUCAUCUUGGUUCACGAGCUUGCUGUGCAGGAUCGCUCUCUCGAGUACCUCACCAAUAAAUGGACCGGCAAGAAGGAGGACAUGAGAACCACCCUCGAGAAGGUGGCGGACAACCUCCCGGAUACCAAGAAGUGGGCAAUGAAGAAGACUUAUUGGAAGGAGCUUGACGUUUGGAAUUACGACUAUGAUACCCAGGAACUGCGACAAAAGGCGAUUGAUAACGCGGUGCGGCAGUACGACAAACAGAGAUUGUCGGAAUCGGAACCAGAGUGGCAGAAGUUGUUGCCCAAGGAGGAGCGAGGGAAGGGCAAGUGUUUGAGCAAACUGCAGGCCAACUUGGCAAAGGGACCUUCUCAACCACCACCCAAGAUCAAGGUGCAGAAGGCGGACGGCAGCCCAUCGUCUCGAGACGAGACUGGUUCUCUGGAUGGCAGCCGACCAAAGGCUGUGGCAGAGAACAUGUCAAGAUCGGCCUCCAAUCCUUUGCCUUCCAAGUCUAAGAAGGUCAGCGGUCAAGAGGCCCAGGUCAAGCGGCUCCUCGGCAACUCCAAGCCUAAGCCAGCCGUCACGAAAGCCUCGCCUACCAAAGCCCGACCGACGGCAAGCAAGGCCAAUGGGGGCAGAAUUCUCUCCAAGGAGAUCAUUCUGAAUUCAGACUCCUCGGGAGAUGAGGCUCCCGCACCUGUUAAGCCCAAACCCGUCCCCGUCACGAAGACAAAGGAUACGGUAAUCGCCAAGCCUCGGCCAGUGGUCAGGGAGCCCAUCAAGCAACAGGCAAUGAAGCGACCUCGUGAUGACGACUCGAGCUCGAGCUCCGGAACUCCUCUGUCGAAGCGCAUCAAGCCCAAGCAGCCACUGCCUGCCCCACCACGACUGAAGCACCGCCCAUCGGAUGCCAGCCAAAACUCUCGCAGCACUGGCACCGCUUCAUCGCACAAGAGCAAGAACACGUCGCCCACGAAGUCAUCACCCCUGGCUUCUUCCCCACCAACCAACGCGUCUGAUCUCGAAAACGAGGCACCCCGGGCCCCGCUGGUCAAGAAGCGCAAGAUGAUGGAUGGAGACGGCAAGCCGCCACCGCCUAAGCGAGCAGCCGUCUCGAGACUUUCGGAAGAACUGGUGAACAAGGCACGGACUUUCAAGUCGGUUUACGAAAAGUACGAGACAUUACAUUAUGAAAUUUCGGCGUUGAGCAACCCCCCGAAGGACAGGCUAGGACGCCUCAAGGACAUGAGGGAAAAGCUGCAGAUGAUGAAGAUGGAGAUUUAUCAGGAGUGCCCUCCGAGCAAGGCCUGA